AUGAAGUUGCUUCGGAAACAUGCCAGCGAUGAAAAGAAGUUUGGGGAAUACGUGACCGCCUUGGACUUGGCAGUUGAGAGAAAAAAACCAUUGAGUUCGUUGAGCAACCAAGUGAUGGAAAAGUCUCUUCUGUCAAAGUGUGUUGCAGAGAUUCGGCAGUCAUGUGCCUUUCCCAUUCGACCCGAAGGGAUUGUACGUAGUAGCAAAACAACCUUUCAAGAGAACCUCGUCAAGUGGACUUCUUGUGAAGAAAGGCAACCUCAUGUCGUGGAUUUUGUCCUUCUGUAUAUGCGGGGGAAGCAUGGGGUCUUCACAAUGGCCAAGAUCAAUCCUUGCGGUCGUUUUCGCAAUGAUGGGUACGAGUUCAUGUGGGUGAUCAACGAUGUCUGGUCCCGACUGGCUAUGAACAUUGCCUGGCCCCGAUGGCAUGGCAAGAACCUCUCUGUACUUGGUGAACUCGGUGCCAGGUGGGAAAUCGCUGAGACCCACAUUGUUCGGAGCUCUGCCUACAAGGGGGAAAACCAAGUAGCUUGCCUUCCAGGUUUUCGCUAUGAUGCUCUCACGACCCUUGGCCUCUUCCAGACGCUUGGGGCUUUAGCUCAAGUUCGGGGCCUAGCAGGAACCACCCAGUUGAAGAUUGUGGGGCUACUUCGUGAGGUUUUGGAGUACAGCAUCUGGCCCAACGGCUUGAGCUUGCUUCCUGAAACCAUACUUACAGUUGAAGAUUGCCAAGCAUCCAUGAAGGAAUGGCUGCUGACCCUGCCCCGAAGUGAGAAAGCAGCUAUCAAGACAAGGUGGGAAAACACAGCAUCCCUUGGGAGCGGGAGACACAAUGUGAUGAGUAGCUGCCACAUUGGCGACAUUCUAUUCUUUUGGAUGCGGCAGCCCCAUGACUCUCUUCAAAGUGUUGACAUCAAGCGCGUUCAAAAGCGAUUGAUUCAUCUUUGCGCACAAGCAGUUGAGAUGGCCUUCCACGCGGACAAGUUUCCAUUGUCAACUCAGCCACCCACAGUGCUUGAAAAUGACACUUGUGCUGACCAAAGCAACUGGACAGCUUCCAAAACCAGGAAUCAAGCAGCAGAGGAAUUGCGUGCUGAGUUGCUGCGCAGAUUUAUGGCAAGCAAGUCGGGGUUUGUGGCAGGCAUCAAGCAUUCGAGCAACCAGAACAUUGCAGGCAUUGGGGGUAGUGGCAUGUCAGACAAUGCUUCAGCCAUGCAGGCAGCAGCACAGAUGUGCACAGCCUACUUCCUCAAAGCCUCAUCGGCUUUGAUGGACAAAUUUGUGACCCAGCCCUACAAACAUCUGAGUUGUUACUACGAUGCUGCUGCAGUGUGCAAUUUCAGCAUUAUGGAGCUUCAUCUCAGUUGUGAUGGUUUAGUCGUGUCGGCUCCAUUCGCCCUACUUCCCCAGUUGAAGCAGCCGUUUGAGAAAACAUCCAAGGAAUGCCUACAAGCCAUUCAAGAUGUUGAUCUUCCAGCCCCCCUCCAUGAGAUUUCCAAGAAAGAUGAAGCAGCCAAAAAAUUGCAAGUAUGUCCAAAGGAAAAAGCUUCAUCGAGAAUCAAGAUACUAGCGUUGAACCAAUCGUUGCAGUAUCUGUUGAACCUGAAGUUAUCGGACAUGGAGCCCCACAUCAAGCUACGACCCCCAAAAGAUCAAGAAAAGCGGUGUUACCAUGUGGAUCAGCAGGGCAUCCCCAGGGCUUACUUGUGGAACCAAAUCACCAAACAAUCCGUUUGGCAAAGUUCUGAUUCAAUUGGAAUCGACCAGGUUCUUCGUUUGAGCUGCCUUUGCGAUGAGGGUGAAACUGCAGGCGCAAUGUCAUUGAUGGGGAACGGGUUGGCUAUCAUGGCCCAUCGGGAUUCCCAGCACAAGUGGUACAAUGAAUUGAAAAUGGCAGCAUCGGAGAAUCCCAUCAUCAAUGAGGCUAUCAGUGCAACCAUGCUGGUCUUGAAUUUCGAAAAUGGUCCUUGGCACAGCGGUCUUUUUGGGAGAAAGGUUCGUGACAUCCACACCCAUAUUGCUGACCUGCCAAUUCCCAAUGUCCUUCUGGAUAUUUGCAUGCCUGGCAUCAUUUCCGAUUUAGACCUUCCACGUGACACUUCGCAGGAAACCAUCAAGGGCAUCCUCGUUGAGUAUGCUGAGUCCAAUGGGAAAAGCCUUCACGCAGCUCUGGGAGGUGACCACAAGCUUGGCCGGUGGGGCGAAUUUGUUGAUUCCUUUCACAGGCUGAAACGCGUGUGGCACAUUCGCUUGUUUGUGCUCCUACUUGGGUGUGCUUUGGAGGGGACAAGUCCAUGGGCAGCCAUUGCAGGUGCUUUUGAGGAUGAUCCAACAGAAACCCUUCCGAAAGUGCUGCGUGUUUUGGCAAACCCAACGUCCUUGGCCAGUGCGAAGAGUGCCUACUACUGCCUGCAACCUUUGAGGGACUUUCAAGCAAUGGAGGCCAAAGAUGACAAAACGCCUGGUGGGUCCUAUGCUGUCAUGCGCUAUGUGGCUACGCAGUGGGUUGAACUCAUGCUUCGCAUCAUGCAGAAUGCUUUGUCGCCGCAUCACCUUCAAGACAUCGAUUCAAUGGAAUGUGCGGAAGAUGUUCUCACUACUCAUCUGAGAUUCCUCAUCUCGGUUCUGAAGCAGUUGGAUGAGUUUGCCCAAAUUUUCAGGCACUUCCCUUGGAGGUUCAGGCUUCUUUUUGACCAAGUACCUGCUGUUGUGGAAUCCACUUUGAAACAGAUGCGUGAAGAAUGGGAAUUCCUGAUGGUGAUUGAACAAAACACUGUCCUACAUGGGAAGUACCCUCUCAAUCAAAUGCCUUUUCUUCGAUGGUAUGUAUACCGUGAAGUCAUGACGCUGGCUGAAGAAAGGGGAUGGGUGGCUUCACAAGAUUUGGUGGAUUUGGCCAAAGCAUGGUUUUCUGACCCCUGCUCAACUCUGGGAUGUGAAGAUUCGUUUCGAGCACUGCGCAUGGCAGAGGCCCGACAUCAAAACAACAAGGAAGUUUGCCCAGAAAAGCUUCAAGCUCUUACCAUCAAGUCGAUCAAUGAGAGGUACAAAGAGUUCGAAUUGGCCGAGCUCAAGUCCAGUGACUACCAUGGGGUUCGACCUGGUACGUACAUGAAACGGUCCGUGUUUGAUUGCAGCCGUGCUAGUGCCAAUGACACUGGGAUAGCCAAUUUCAACCAGAUCAUGAAAACAACCACGGUGAGUCCCCAUCAUUUGAGUCGCAAGAGCUUGAGCAUGUGGGAAGCCUACAAGAUGACCAACGGAAAUUCCCAGAACUGGUGGACUGCUCAGCUUGUCAGAUCUCACCAGGUGAUCCACGUUGGGAAUUCGUUUUCGCUUGUGGUGGAUGCACCCUAUGUCAAGCUCAAAGUGUGGCCGCUUCAGCCUGGGGAGAACAACGCAUCAGAUCGGAAGACCCUUCGCCUGGAUAUGUCAGAAUGGCACCUGAAGGCAUUGAUCUUGGACGAGCCCUUGAAUGCCAGCAUUGUUCCCUACCGCGUGGAGUUGACCACAUCUGGUGGCUUUGAACUUGUGGUGACAGAGGCGUGGCAACCACUGGUGAACUAUGCGCUUGAGAAGUAUGCGCAUCGGUUAGAGGUUGUUGAGAAGACCCUGGAAUCUCGUGGUUUGGGAGGGAAACCGGGUGCGAGCAAAAUGCUGUCGGCAGCAGUGUCGCAGAGCAGCGCAUCUUCCCAAGUUUGUGAGCCAGGACUCAGUGCAGAAGCUUUGAAGGGUUUGAUUGGCCUCUACGCAAUUCCGGGCUGCAGUGGCAAUUGCACCAACAAGUUGCGGGUAGAACGCCUUCUACAGCACCUUCACUACAGCCCUGACCUCAUCCAAGAGAUCCUUGCCAAAUUCCCCAAAAAGGAAGAGGACCUGGGAAAUGAUGGUGAUGAGAUGUGUGAUGAAAUGCAAGUGGACAACCAAUGUGAAGCUGAAAUGUUGGCCAAAAUUUUGGAAGGCAUGGAGAAACAUCCAGAUUCAUCAACUGAACCUCCUUCGAAAAAAACACGACAUGACAAAAAGGACGAACGGAAACCAGUGAACCACGGUGAGUUUGUACGACUCAUGGACAAACCUGACUUGUCAAGUGAGCAA